AUGAACCGUUUCAAAUCGGUCGAGGGAAAAUUGGACUCAGAACAAACAACUCACGGACAUCACAGCGACGACGGUCAUUCGACAACGUCCAGCUUUUCAUCUCCAUAUGCUGUCCACACUCUCGAUCAGAUCCCAACCCCUAUCUUGAAACUUGUGGUAGGCCUCGGACCUACCGUUCGUUUGCUGUCGAGAGCCAUACGAAUUCUUCGAUGGCAGGCCCAUCCGCGACAAUCGAUUCUGGUCAUUCUCGUGUGGAUUGCUUGUUGUCUGUGGACGUGGCAGCUCUUGGCGUUUGGCUUGCCGCUCCUUUUGAUCGCCAAAUUAUUGAAAGAUUGGUUCCAAGUCCGUACCACUCGUGUCAAGCGAGAAGCACUCGAAAGGAAGCGGCUCAAUGAACGACGUCAGCGUGAAGAAGCCGCUCGGCGAGAACGCGAAGAACACGACGACGAUGAUAAUGACGAUGAUGGUGAACGUCUGCAUUUGCAACGUUUGGAGCAGCAAAAGGAGGAGGAGCAGGAAUUGAUCAGUCGAAAAAUCCAGCCAGACGGAUAUGUAUCGCUGGACGAUACCCUUCAAGAUCUCGAAGUCGUUAACGAUGGCUUGGCACGUAUCAAGUAUUAUCUCGUAUUGAUCGCAUCUCAUCUGAAUGGGACUCAAGCCGAAAUUUUGGUCUCUUUAUUCGCUGUGGGCAUCUAUGUUUGGCCCUUGUGGAUCGUCAUCAGUUGGGUAUUGGGAUCCGGUAUGACCCUGGCGGUGAUCGGUACACUGUUACUAUUGAGUCCAUCUCCCUGGUUUCAUGUCAUUUGCAUGACCUUGCGUCGCAACAAGAUACUUCGUCACGUUUUGGCCGCUAUAUGGGCGUACGGUGUUGCUGCUAUCCUUACAUCAUGGCCUGUCAAAGCUUAUCACAUUUAUUGGAUAUCCGAGUUUAUCCAUCUGUUCAAGGCCGAAAAACAAAAAGCUACCAAGGUGAUCGGUAUGCCCAUCUCGGAAGAAAAUAUUGAUGAUACCUUCCCCCAUGGGACACGGAGUGAAAUGAUGUUUCAGUUUGAAGUUUAUGAGAAUCAGCGUUGGUGGCUUGGUAUGGGAUGGACGACCAGCAUGAUGCCGAGCGAACGUGGACCAUGGACCGAUAAUCAAUUGGCGGAGAUUCCCUCCAAAGAGGAUUUUGCACUUCCCAAGACAACGCAAACAACGAAGCAGCAACCCGUUGGCACAAAAGGAGAAGUACUGGAGCAAAUGACAAGCAAGCAAUGGAGCUGGGUCGAUGGCGACUGGUGGGUGGAUAUGACCGGCGAACUUCAAGGUCGCAUUGACCAUAAUGGAUGGGAAUACGGCAACAAUGCGUGGAAACAGUUGAGUGGAAUGCCCGGAAUGCACACGUUUACCCGCAAACGUCGUUGGUGUCGUCGAGCCCGGUUAACAUACAUUUUCAAUAAACUGCAAGUGCCACAGCAUGUAGAGAAGAUGCGGCCCAAGGGAUCCGCACGUCAAACGGCUAUUGAACGUCGGUAUCCUUACUUACAACGUGUCACUAAACGUAAAUCCAUGUCCGAGAAAAAGCAGAAAGCACUUCUGGCAAAGAUUGGUCGCAUCGCUGGUUGGUUGGAUAAUGCGGUGCCAGGAUCUCCGAUCCCACUUGGUUUGGACUCGUUGCUGAGCUUUAUCCCAUUUGUGGGUGGCUUUAUUGGUACGAUCUUUUCGCUAUAUCAAGUAUACCUGUCGUGUGCGUUUGGUAUUCCUCUGUGGUUAUUGAUGCGAAUGCUCAUCAAUGUGGCUAUUGAUUUGUGCAUUGGUAUCAUACCUGUUCUCGGAGGUGUUCUCGAUAUGUUUUACAAGGCCAACUUAUGGAAUUACGAAGCAUUGGAAGAUUAUCUUGAUAAUCCCCCGCCAACCAGCGAUCCCAGCGCUUCCAGCAACGGCAAUACUCCUCCUCCUGAGGAAGUGAGCCUUAUGGAAUUAGUCCUUGAUCUUCUCAAUAUGAUGAUCACUACAUUCUCUAGUGCCACUGGCAAGCUACAGAAAGAGGCGCUUCAUCAUCGACAGACCCGACAGACCCGACAGACCAAAAAAGUGAAUUAAAUCCAAUUUUAUUUAUAAUGAUAUCACUAAUAGUACUCGAGAAUGGCUAAUUUCUGUAUGAAAAUUCGGUUGAUAUAAUUGUUCCUUUUGAAUUUUGUGGCGAGGAAUAGAGAGAUCGUAUUACAGUAAUGUGCUUCUCCUGCAACAAGAGAUUCAUUUUUGG